AGGUGCAGGCUUUGAAGAGGAGCCACAGUGCGGCAGGAGAACCCGCACCGCGGCACCGCGAGUCCAACCAGAGGAGGGACAGACAACACACGUCGGUCAUCGAUGAGAGGAGACGUGGACAUGGAACACAGAAGCCGUCUGUCCCCGAAGAAUGGACAUUAAGCUCCUUUCAUUCCGGUUUAAGAGCAGUUUUUUUGUGUGUUCUUCUGAAAUCCAAGAAAACCUUGGUCCGACGGAGCUUCAUUCCAACUGCAGUGAGAUGCUCUGACGCGCUGCUGCUGCCGCUGCUUGGCUUCGCGGGCUCUCGACGACAGGAACAUGGGUGAAGUCCAGGGCGCCGGGGAUGGUCCCAAGACCCCCGUCGCUCCAGCUGUGAAGUCGUUCGAGCACUACGACUUCUCCCGGGCGAAAAUCUGUUGCAGCCUCACGUGGCUGGUGGCCAAGGCGUACGGGACAGACAGUAUCCCGGCUGACCUGAAGGACCCCUUCUACACAGACCAGUAUGAGCAGGAGCACCUGAAGCCGCCUGUGACCAGCCUCCUGCUGUCUGCCGACCUGUACUGCAGGGCCGGCAGCCUCGUCCUGAAGAGCGACGGCGCCAAGCCCCUGCUGGGCCACGAGGCCGUGAUCCAGGCGCUGGCAGAGCGCGGACUCUACGUCACCGACCAGGAGAGACUCGUCACUGAGAGAGACCUUCGAAAGAGGCCUCUCCAAAUGAGUGCCCACCUGGCAAUGAUAGACACUCUGAUGAUGGCGUACACAGUGGAGACUGUGAAUGUGGACAAGGUGAUGGCCUGUGUUUGUCAGUAUUCGUCCUGCAAGCCUGAGUUGGAAACGCCAUAUGAUACAGAGGAUGCAGUGACCACCUGGAUCAACAAGGUAAACGAAUAUCUGAAAGACACCGUUGCUCAGGAGCAGAGGAAGAAGGAGACGCAGAGUGCCGACCCUGCUGAGAGUCCUCGGUCUCCAACCAAGUGGUACAUGAAGCUUGUGCCUGCUCGGUACAGGAAGGAGCAGGCCUCGACCCAGCCAGGCCACUGGAUCCCCCCUGUGGACAACCUGCUGAAAGACAGCGCAGACGGCUCGGCCCUGGGUGCUCUGCUGCACUUCUACUGCCCUCAGCUGCUACCACUGGAAGAUGUCUGUCUGAAGGCGAACAUGACGCUGGCUGAUCGUCUCUACAACCUGCAGCUCAUCCAGGACUUCUGCAAGGACAACCUGAACAACUGCUGCCACUUCAGCCUGGAGGACAUGCUCUACGCCUCCUCCACCAUCAAGAAUAACUACCUGGUGUUCAUGGCAGAGCUGUUUUGGUGGUUUGAGGGGGUCAAACCGUCUUUUGUGAAACCAAUACUGCUGGACAAAGAAGGCACAGAGACCUCAUCCUUGUUGAAGAAUAUGCCAGCCAUUCCCAUCUCCAAGGCAACCAAGAGAAGCUUCAUGGACAAAACCCCAAGUCCAGAAAGAGUCAGUUUGCCCCUCCGACCUCAACCUAAAAACUCAGGAGAGAUGAGGAGGUCAACCUCAAUGUCUUUUGUCGAUGGCAACCUCGGCACCUGGCCCAAAGAGAAAAGGUCUGGGCCUUAUGGAGUGUCUUUCGACAUCCCCUUUGACAAAGAGGACUCUGCUGCUUCCUCCACUCGUGGCAUGGUCAGGUCUGUCAGCACAGAUGAUGGUUCCGGUUUCAAGGUGCACCACCUGCCCCGUGGAAUGAAGCGCAACUUGUCCUUCCAGCCAGUGAACGGUCAGAGUGUUGGCAUUGAGGAGGAGGGCUGCCCAGACAGCCUGGCUGGUAUGGAGCCUAUCAGGCGAGCUUUUCCCAAUGGACAUGGACAUGAGAGCCGCAUGGCUCCCUCCAUAGAGGAGGCCCUUCAGAUUAUCCACAGUCCUAGCAGGCCCCCGGCGGAGGGCGUCAACAAUGGCUUCUUCCUGCACAGUCAGGGCCUUGUGGCUGGUGUUGGUAGCUUAGAGCCGGUGUCAGAGGUGGACUCCAAAGGACCUCUGAGCACCACAGACACCACGGAGGUGGACACUGGCAUCCUUAUCCGAACAGAGGACAUGCUGGAUGAGGACUCCUCCUUGAAAGACUGCUCUGUGAACAUGGAGCUGGACAUGGAUACGCCAAGCCCUUGCCCAAGCAGCCAGAGCAAAUCCCCCUCAGGAUUGAAGUUGACCUGCUUUGCUGAACAAAAGCUGAGGAAGAUCAAUCCAUCAGCGCCCGACUCAGGGAGGGGCAGCAGCAGCUCCCUCAAGACCACUCCUGAGGGCUCUGAGUUUGGCCUCCCACUAUCCGUCUCCUGGGCCCCCACCCCUGAGCACAGCCCCGUCCACCAACAAGCCACACCACCCCUUACUGCCCAAGCGUCGCCCACGCCUGUCCAGCUUCCGCCCAAUGACCCUGCUCAAGUCAUGGCUACAGAGAUGGUACAGCUGAGGAUGAGGCUGGAGGAGAAAAGGAAAGCCAUUGAAGCACAGAAGAAGAAAGUUGAGGCUGCUUUUACAAGGCAUCGGCAAAAGAUGGGUCACUCAGCGUUCCUCAAUGUGGUCAAGAGAAAGGGGGAUGGGGCUGCCAGCGGAGAGGAAGGAGGGAAAACGGAGGGAGAAGGAAAGGUAGCGAACACAUGUCCUGUGUUUAAAUUCGGAAGGAGCAAGGCAGACACACCUGAUGGGGCAGAGCAAAGCAGCACAGCCUCCUGUUGGACAAAGUCACCUGGUGCAGGAGACGAGGGUGGUCACGCUCAGCCAACAGAGGUGGAUCUCACAGAGUACACGCGUUCUAUUGAGAAGCUCAACCACUCGUUGGCCUUCCUCCAGACCGAGAUGCAGCGACUGGCUCAGCAGCAGGAAGUCAUCAUGGCCAUGAGGGAGCAACAACAACAGCAGACGUGGGUCAUCGCUCCUGCUUAUACAAACCCCUCGCCACAAAAACACAGUCGAGCCGGAGCCGUCACUCGCUCCUCAGGACCCUCCUCUCCCGCCGACUCUCCUCGUUCCACCCACCGCUCUCCGACCAGCAUCAAGCGCAAAUCCGCCUCCUUUCACUCACGCAAUCCCCGCACCGCUCGCCCCAACGAGCUCAAGCUGGCCCCGUACAAUCGGGUCCUAACCGCCCCACAGUCUGUCGACAGCAUCCCAAGGCUACGGCGCUUUUCUCCCUGCCAGCCUUUGGCAAGCUCCUUCGUUUACAUGGGGGAGAAACCAGCCACCGCCAAUCCAGAGACAGUGGCCCCGGAUGGAGGUAAAAACAAGCAGACUGAUUCCCUCCUUUACCAAGAGUGCGAGAUUGCCGGUGUAUGUGUAGCCAGCUCACCCCCCAGCUCCCCCAAACCGCAGAACAAAAGAGAGCAAACAGAAGUGGAUUCGAAUGCCAAAACUCGCGACACAGAGUCUCACAGCCGACGCAAGAUCUCCAGCAUGGGAACAGAUGACCAGAAACCCGCAGUUCAGAAGUCAGCCAUAAAUGUCAAACCUGCCAUAGAGUCGUCGUUUCCCGAAGUCCUGGCCCACCCUGUGGUGGAAAGCUUCACAGUGACUCCUACAGAGAUCCCUCCCCGGCCAGAGGCCUCAGGCCAAGCAAGGAGCAGCCUGAUCGAGGUUCCUCUGUCGGUGGUGAAGCCGCUGGGCGACCCCACUCCUGAUGAUGGUUUGGAGAUGCAGCAGGACGACGUGGACGAAGUCCUGGACGAGGAGCAGAAGACAUGUCGGGGUUUCUUCUUCAAGGAGGACGGGAAGGCCGAGGAGAACAUGGCUCAGAAGAGAGCGGCGCUGCUGGAGAAGAGGAUGAGGAGGGAGAAGGAGAGUCAGCAGAGGAAGAUGCAGCUGGAGGCUGAUUUGGAGCAGAAGAAAGAGGAAGCUCGGUUGAAAGCAGAGGAGGAGCGUCUCAGGAAGGAGGAGGACAAGGCCCGGAAGGAGUUCAUCAAACUGGAAUAUCUCCGGAGGAAGCAGCUCAAACUGAUGGAGGACAUGGACACCGUCAUCAAACCUCGACAAGCCGGCGGCGGGGCCAAGCAGAGGCGGAGUCGGCCCAAGUCCAUCCAUCGUGACAGCAUGGACUCCCCCAAAACCCCCGUCAGAGCUUCCACAGGUUCACGCCAACGUGUCUUUUCAGUCUCCAGCUUGUCCCUGGCGUCCCUCAGCCUGGGAGACGGCGACAGCGUUCACUCGGAGAAGAGAACACCAAGGCCAGACUCUGCAGAUGGCUUCCUGUCCCCUAGUCGCUCCAGCAGCAGAAAUGGAGAAAAGGACUGGGAAAACGGGUCCACGACCUCCUCUGUUACAUCCAACACAGAGUACACCGGACCAAAGCUGUACAAGGAGCCCAGUGCCAAGUCUAAUAAGCACAUCAUCCAGAACGCUCUGGCCCACUGCUGCCUCGCAGGCAAGGUCAAUGAGGGGCAAAAGAAUAAGAUCCUGGAGGAAAUGGAGAAAUCGGGGGCCAACAACUUCUUAGUGUUGUUCCGCGACGCCGGCUGCCAGUUCCGCUCACUCUACACCUACUGCCCCGAGACAGAGGAGAUCAACAAGCUGACGGGCAUCGGCCCCAAGAGCAUCACACGCAAGAUGGUCGACGGCCUCUACAAGUACAACUCCGACAGGAAGCAGUUCAGUCAGAUACCGGCCAAGACCAUGUCGGCCAGCGUGGACGCGGUGACGAUCCACAGCCACCUCUGGCAAACAAAGAAGCCAGCCACCCCUAAAAAAGUAGUGCCUGCCCUGUCCUAAUGGAUCUUGGUACCCCAGACAACACCGCUUCCCUCUCAUAUGGAACAUACCCAUUUCAAUUUGCACUUCACUGUACAUAUCCAUAAAGAUUCAAACACCUGCAAUGCCAGUUAGAUGAAUGCAUAUUUGUCCUUUUUUUCUAUGUUGGUUUGUUUUUCCCCUCAUUGCAUUCCUGUCCUUGUUUUUUUUCCUCCUCAAUCUGGACGGGACAUGAUUGGACUCAAAGAUUAAGAACAACUGGAAUGUAUGCCACUGUUGGAGAACGAUGUAAAUGCUUUUCACUAGAGAUUGUCAUGUUUGAGUCAGUUUUACGAAAGGCAUGUGUGAGUGUUGUCCUCGGUUUCCUACGUGCCAAACGUCAAAAAGAAAAGAGACAGUAUGAAUGCUAGGACAUUUUACUCGGUACACUGAAGCACUGAAUGUUUUUAAUUCAUGUACAGAUUGAUUUUGCAUUGAGUCGUGCAUUAUCCCGUUGAUGUGUGGCCUUAUGCUUGUUUUUGUUUUAGCGUGUGAGUGCAAUGGGGUGGUUGUAAAAUAGCGUAUAUACGGAGGCUUUUUUCUGUGUAUUUUGAAGAAGAAAAAAAUUCUUCAUCCAUGUGGGUAAAACAGUUUGUAAAUGAAGGUACGUAAAACUACAAAGGGCCAAAACAAAACUAAUAGCAUACAGCUAGCAUCAGCCACAUGCUACAUGUGUGGUCAGCUCAACAAAGCCAAGCGGUUUCAGCUUUUUAACAACAAUCUUUGAGAAAGUGAUUUUUUUUUUUUAAGAAUGCAAGACGUUACUCUUCAUCACUGGUUCUAAACCUGUGGGUCAGGACACCCACAGAAGAUCAAUGUACAAUUUGUGGGGAAAAAUUAUGUCAAACAAAUAUGCUAUCAUGUUUGUAGUUGUGAUGAAUUUCCUUUUUUCUAUAUCUGCAACUCUCGAGUGUCAGAGCCAACUAACCUGGUGGUUUGCGGCAGGGGCUUUUUACGUGGAAGUAUUGCUUCGGUCCAAAAAAGGUUGAGAACUUUGCUGCUGGUUCACAGCAGGUUUGUGAACAAAUAAAACAGCUCAGUAUUAUUUCUGCUUUAUUUUGAAAUGCUUCCUACUGCGCCAUGUAGGAACUUUGCCGAGUAUUAAGAUACAGUCACGCACUGGUAUCAUGAAUAUGAUAUUAAUGACACAUAAGAAGAAUUUGUCAUUUAUACCAGGAUUUAAAAUCCAAUUGUGCUUGUUCUCCCUUGAUGGCAUUAAAUUCAAGAUUAUUCGUAACAAUGUCUGCACUCAUCGAUAAUGAACAAUGGCAUAGUAAUUGCCAAGGCACUUCUGGACCACCGAGCACCGAAAUGUAGUAAAUAAUAGUGCAAAGUUUAGAAUUCUGAUUAGUAAAAAAUCAGUUGCUCUGAUAUUUAAAAUGCCAGUCACAGUGAGUUACUGCCUCACUCGCCAAAAUGGCCACACCGUUACAAAAUGGUUGUCAUUUUAAACAACUGUUAAUCUUUCUUCACACAAAAAUAAUGUUAGUGUGAAUUAGCAGCAUCUGUGUAGGAUUUAACAUUUCCUGAAUAGGCAAGAAAUGUAUUCUAUUUCUUUGUUCUUUUUUCUUCGCUUAUUGGGAGAAUGAAUUUUCCCAGAAUAAUGCAAGGCGGAGUAUAGGCAGAUCCUUCUUUCUGAGUAGCGGGUACGAGGCUCACCACAAGGUUUUACUGGUGUCAGUAUUAUGUUCCUUUUACCACCGAAUGUCAAAUCAACACCUUGAUUUCCAACAAAACUAUCUGCCAACAUGGUUUCUUUGCUUUUAACUGGGAGGGGGGGUAUUUAUGACCAAAAUACAUGUCUUUGAAAUUGUAAGAAGAAGAAAAAAAUCUUACAGUGAAAAAGUGUUUUUCUGUUUUAUUGGGAGGAUUUGUCCAGAGAAAAACCUCCGUCCACCUGUUUUUGGCUGUUUAAGGCCACGGGUGCGAAAAAAAUAUUUAAAAUGUAAUGAUACUGUACAGUGUGUUCAUGUUGGCUCAUCUUAUUCACUACGGUGACUUUGUUUUGUCGGACGCUGUCAUGCAUCAUAUUGCUGAACAUGUAGUUUCUUUUCUUUGUUUUUUCUUCAUUUUUGAAUUGAAUAAACUUAAGCAUGGC